AUGUUGAAUAAUCUAGAAUCCGAUGAAGGAAUACUCAAAUCAUCAAAAUAUCAUUUGAAGGAUAUAAUAACUGCUGUUAUAAAUUCAUCGACUUUUAUUGAUACGUUGACUCAACAAAUGCAAACAAUAUUUGAUGGACUAAAUAUACGUAUUAAUGAACAAGAUGAACAUAUGAAAAGGCUAACAAAAAAAAUUGAUGAAUUAGAUAAUGUUGUGAUUAAACAGAGUGAAAUGAUUGCGGUAAUGAAAGCAUGUUCAGAAAAAAUUCAAAAGGAAGAAACUGGUUUCAAAGAUAAAUUAAAUCAUGUAGAACAAUAUGAUAGAAGGCUUAACUUGCGUAUUUUUGGUAUACCAGAAAAAUCUCAAGAUUCAACUGAUGUCAUUGUGCUAGAUUUAGCUCGGAAAUUAGACAUUCCAAUUGGUGUGGCUGAUUUAUCACGUUCACAUCGAGUUGGACCAUUGAUUUCAUUCAGACAAGAACAAAAGAAUAAGAGUCAAAGUGAAAAAAUUAAACAUCGGGCACUACUUGUUAGAUUUACAUCUUAUAGAGCAAGAGAAGAUUUUUAUUCAAAUCGUACACUUUUAAAUCAAGUUGAUUGCUCAAAUGUUAUUAUAAGAGAAGACUUAACAAAAGAUAAUUUAAAUUUGUUGAAAUAUGCUCAAUCACAGUUGAAGAAUGUUUAUUUAUAUACAAAAGAUGGUAUGCCUUUCUAUUAUUCAUAUCAGACGAAUAAACCAGUCUUUUUGAGAUCUCUAAGUGAUGUAGAUAAGGCGAGCCAAACAGCAUGA